AUGACCUCCCGGCCAAUCGCCGCCGCCGCCCCGAACGGCCACCACCACCAGUACUACCCUCCGCCGCCGACAUCUUCAUCGUCGUCCUCCGCCUCACUGCGCGGCUGCUGCUGCUGCCUCUUCCUCCUCUUCUCCUUCCUCGCCCUCCUCGUCCUCGCCGCAAUCCUCGUCGUCGUCCUCGUCGUGAAGCCGAAGAAGCCUGAUUUCGACCUGCAGCAGGUCAGCGUCCAGUACGUGGGCAUCAGCCCCACCACCGCCUCCUCCGCCGCCGUAUCGCUCAACAUCCGGAUGCUCUUCAUCGCCGCCAACGACAACAAGGUGGGGAUCAAGUACGGCGAGUCCAGGUUCACCGUCAUGUACCGCGGGAUCCCGCUGGGCCGGGGCGAGGUCCCCGGGUUCUACCAGCCCGCCCACAGCGUCAGGCGGGUCGAGACCACCAUCGUCGUCGACCGGGUCAGCCUGCUCCAGGCCGACGCCGCCGAUUUACUCAGGGACGCGUCGCUCAACGACCGGGUCGAGCUUCGGGUCGUGGGCGAUGUCGGCGCUAAGAUCCGGAUUCUGGGCCUUACCUCGCCCGGUGUGCAGGUAUCGGUAGAUUGUACAAUAGCCAUCAGUCCAAGAAAUCAGUCGUUAAUAUACAAGCAGUGCGGAUUUGAUGGCCUCAGCGUGUGA